AUGCUCACUUCGGUGGUCUUUGCUCUUGCUGGCGCGGCUGCGGCACGCGCUGGUACAACUCCUUCUACGCCUCCUGCUGUUGGUGACAGGACACCUCCCGACUACUCGGCCGCGUGGGCGGAGGCGUACGAGAAGGCUGCUGCUUUCAUUGCUGACCUCUCCAUCGAGGAGAAGGUCAACUUCACGACUGGUCUCGACGUCAGCUUAUGCACAGGCACCACACCCGCUAUACGGUCUUUCCCCGGUCUCUGCUUCCAGGAUGGUCCCCUCGCUGUGCGCGAUAUUGACUUCACGACCGUGUUCCCUGCCGGUGUCAAUACGGCUGCUACAUGGUCACGCUCGCUAUUCCGCUCACGGGGCAUUGCCCUCGGCGAAGAGUUCCGUGGCAAAGGCGUGAAUGUGGCAUUCGGCCCAGCUAUGAACAUGGCCCGUGUCGUCAACGCCGGCCGUAACUUCGAAGGUUUUGGAGCCGACCCUUACCUUGCCGGAGAGGCCGCCUUUGAGACUAUCGUGGGCAUACAAUCUACCGGUGUUCAGUCAUGCGCGAAGCAUUGGGUUGACAACGAGCAAGAACACGGGCGCAUGUUCUCUAGCUCUAACGUCGACGACCGCACACAGCAUGAGAUCUACGCCAUGCCCUUCGUCAAGAGUGUCAUGGCUGGUGUCGCGGAAGUGAUGUGUUCCGAGAACGGCGUUAACCAGACGGCUGCAUGCGGUAAUAGUUACUUGCUCAACACUCUCCUGAAGGGCGAGAUCGGCUUCAACGGAAGCGUCAUCAGCGACUGGUAUGCUACCUCUGGCACGAGCGACGCAGCAAAUGGACUGGAUAUCACUAUGCCCGGCUCUAAUAUUGGCGGAGGCUCGCCCUUCGGUGGCAACCUCACUGCAGCAGUCAAGGCGGGCACGAUUUCUGAGGACCGUCUCGAUGACAUGGCGCUUCGUAUCCUCGCGCCGUGGUACCUUUUGGGACAAGACGCGGAGGACUACCCGAAGCCGAACUACAACGUCAACGACCUGAACGACCCGCUUACGAACCAGCACGUCGACGUACAAGGCGAGCACUGGAAGGUUGUUCGGGAGGUUGGUGCUGCUAGCAUCGUCCUGCUCAAGAACGAGGGAACGUUGCCGCUCAGCAAGCCACGUACCAUGGUGCUUGUGGGCUCCGACGCAGCGCCCGCCCGCACGGCCGGCCCGAACGAGUUCGCUUUGAAUGCCGGCGUGGAUGGAGUCCUGACCGUUGGUUGGGGCUCGGGUACUGGCACCUUCACUUAUGUCGUCUCUCCGUACGAGGCCCUCGCCGCCCGCGCCCGUAAGGAUCAUACCACCAUGUCUUGGUACUUCAACGACUGGAACACGACUGCCGCUGGCAUUGCUGCUGCCAACCAAGAAGUGGCCUUUGUCUUCAUCCAAUCCGACUCUGGUGAGGAGAUCGGCUCCUUUGAGGGCAACCUCGGUGACCGCAACAACAUCACUGCAUGGAAUAACGGAGACAAGCUCGUGAAGGCAGUUGCGAACGCCAACAACAACACAGUCGUUGUCGUCCACUCUGUCGGCCCUAUCACCAUGCCUUGGUCGGAGCACCCGAACAUCACGGCUGUCGUUUGGGCUGGUGUUUCCGGCACUGAGGCUGGCAACUCGCUUGCAGACGUGCUGUACGGCGACGUCAACCCUUCUGGCCGCCUUCCGUACACCAUCGCGAAGAAGCUCUCCGACUAUCCGACACGCCUUAACGAGGAUAAUGCGACUACGGAGCAGCCAUUGAUCCAAAUCAACUACACUGAGGGUCUCUACGUCGACUAUCGUCACUUCGACAAGAAGGACAUUGAGCCGUUGUUUGAGUUCGGCUUCGGUCUCAGCUACACAACGUUCAACUACAGCGACCUAUCUAUUGAGGCCAUCAACGGCACCGAGUCCGACCUCGAGGAAGCAUGGGCGUCUAGCUCCGCGGGACCUUCCGGCAACGGUACUACAACCGCUCUCUGGUUGCAUCAGCCCGCAUACAAUGUUACCUUCACCCUCACCAACUCUGGAAGCGUUGACGGGACCGAGAUUGUGCAACUUUACCUCAACCACCCCAAAUCAGCGAAGGAGCCCUCGUCUAUCCUUCGCGGCUUCGACGACAUCUACCUUGCUGCGGGCGCAAGCACGACAGUCAGUCUCAGCCUAUCUCGAUACGAUCUUUCUAUUUGGGAUGUCGUGAGCCAAUCUUGGGUGCGCCCCAAGGGCACCAUCGGUGUUACGAUUGGUGCUAGCAGCCGCGACGCUCGCCUCAGAGGCUCGAUCGCACAGGAGUAA